UUGAAAAUAAACACGCGUCAGUCUCUACACAACACUAGGACGCAACACAGGGGCUCGACUGGUGUCGUCAGUAUCGUCUUUACAAUCAUCCACUUUUAGGAGCGCUGUUGGAGACAUAAACAGAGCUAUUGUUGUCAAGUUAUGCGAGCUGUUCUGACGGGGCUGGACAAGUGCCUGGCGUGACCUUGACGGACAGGCUGAGCCCCUGUGGACCAGAGGGCUGAGCGCUGUGAGGGUCUGGGUGUGCGUGUGUCCGUGGCGACCCUCUGGCGCAGCCGGCGUGUCCAGCAGCCCUCAUGUCCCGGAAACAGUCGGCCAAGGCGGGUCGCGGGAACAGGAAGUGUGACGUGGAGAGGAAGCGGGACGAGCGGGCAGCUCGCAGGGCAUUGGCCAAGGACAGGAAGAACCGCCCCCCGGGGGAGGAGCAGGGGGAGGAGUUUGUGAGCUUCAGUAAUCAGCUGCAGGUGUUGGGGCUGAAGCUCCGAGAGGUGCCUGGAGAUGGGAACUGUCUGUUCCGGGCUCUGGGCGACCAGCUGGAGGGUCACUCGCGGGGUCACCUGCGCCUGCGGUGCGAAACGGUGGAGUUCAUGGAGAAACACCGGGACGACUUCGAGCCCUUCGUGGAGGACGACAUCCCGUUCGCUCAGCACAUGGCUAACCUAGCUCAGCCGGGCACCUUCGCGGGGAACGACGCCAUCGUCGCCUUCGCCCGCAGCCAGCAGGUCCGUGUUGUCAUUCACCAGCUCAACGCGCCUCUCUGGCAGAUUAACGGCUCCGAGAAGCCAGUUUGCCGAGAGCUCCACAUCGCUUAUCGCUAUGGUGACCACUACGACAGUGUGCGGCGAAUCGGAGACAACUCCGAGACUCCAGCCCAGCUGCGCACAGAGACCCUGAGGUCAGGAGGCCACCACGAGUCUCCGGACUCUCGCGCUGCUGGGAACACAGACAGGCCUGCAGACAGCUACAGGACGAGCAGCACGGACAGCGGUCUGAUUCUGCGGAGCCUGGCAUCAUACAGCCCCACAGGUCGAGUUGAGAACUGCAGUGACCUGAGUGCUGAAGCUCCGCCCUGCCCUGUGGAGUGGGAGGAGUCAGAGCCUGAAACUCAUUCAUGCCCUGGUCUGUGGGAGGAGUCUGGAACAGGGACACGCCUCUUCGGCCCAAUGGUGCAGACAGAUCACAUGAACAGCAAACCGCCAGCAGGGGACGGUACUGUGCACAGCCGUACAGCAAAGGUGUCCAACAGGCAGCGGAAGGAGCAGCAGCGCUUGGAGAAGAAGCGCCGGCAGGAGGAGAGACACAGGCAGAAGAUCCUGGAGAGUCGGGCCGCCCAGAACCAGGACCAGAACCUGAACCCCCCCAGCUCAGUCACACUAGUGCGGGCUCUCAACACGCUCAGCAUCUAGACUGGGCUUGGACUCUAGGUGACGGGCAGGACAGGAAUGUACAGUACUUGACCUGGGCUAGGUUACCUGAGCUGGACUGGACUGAUCUGGACUGAAUCAAGCAUCCUGACAAGCCCUGGACUGGACUGAAGUGGAACAGACUGUACUGACGGGAGCUGGACUGGACUGGACUGGGCCAUACUCUCAAUACACUGCAGCUGUGCAUGGGGCCGGUGACUCUUUCUCCAUGUGUACUCUGAUUCCAGGUGAAAGACUUGUGUAGGAAGGCAGCAGAGGAGUGCUGAUGACGUUGCUAUGGAGAGAGGGAAUUAAUAAUGUUAAAAAGAUAAUGAACAGAUUACACAAAGCACUGGUGAUGUUAGGAUAACACAAGUGGCUGGAGCCGAGGCCUGAACCUCUGUCCUGGGAGUCCCAGCCCUUCCUUGAGCGCCCCUGUACCGCGCCCACUGGGGUCUGUUGUAGCUGUUAAAAGACUUUGACCUGCGGUGCUGGAGUCUCUUACUGAUGAAGUAGAAGGUUGUUAAUACAGGGAAUUUAUGAUUGCCAUAUAUGCAAAAUUUAUACUGUAUGAAUGCUUAUUUCAACAUAUUCAAUAAAGAUUCCCAAGCUGGGAAUGGCUCAGA